UCCAAAUUAACCAUCAUGUGGAUCUUUUAUACGCCGCGUCCGUCUUCAUCCUUGUGAACCAUCCUUCAUCCUUCUCCGGCCGCCGCCGCCGCCGCCGCCGCCCCAACUGGCCGAUCGAAUCUCUCUCUCGCCUGAUCAACGUUGGUCUUUUCUGGUAGAUCUCGGCGAGGAUGCUAGUGAGAUUGGGUAGGGCAGCAUCCCAACUGACCGCCGUCGCAAUGACGCGCAGGGUAGGGGCUGCGCGAGAUGCUUUCCUCUUCGCUCAGAGCUACUCCAAGGUUAUUGCUACCCCUACCGCCGCCGCUGUGGCCGUUCCAUCGGUUCCACCCGCUUCUUCAACUUCAAAGAGCUCCUCGAAGAAACCGGAGGUUAGGCUAAGUGCUAUGUUUUGGUCUAAGCCCUGUUCUUUGGCUUUGCCGCCCAACUCUCCUCUCAGAAUAGAAGAGCCUCAGUCCGAGGGGAUCAAGCGUAUACUGCUGAAGUUGUUGUUAUUCUAUAGUAAACAAAGCAAAUCAAUUAGAGGAGCUAAUGCUGUUUAUCAUCGCAUUACUUCCCAGGUCAACAAGCCUGCUAUAUAUGAUGGAUGCUGGGCUCCUGGGCUCCUGGGCUGCUCACUGCAAGCGCUUCCCGAUUUACCCUGGUGGCCGGUGGGAAACUUCUGUGGGGCCGGGCCGUUCACCCCAGUAUUUAACCUGGAGAAGACCUUUAAAACUACAUUUUCAUUGCUUGUACUUCAUAUGUGGCUCUUCUUGCGUCGUUCAAAGGAAGAGGGAAAAGAGGGAGUUGAUUUUGGGCAAUACUUGUAUGAGAUUUACAACCAUGACGUGGAGUUGAGAGUGUCCAAGGCUGGGGUUAACUUGUUGUUGACAACGUGGAUGAAAGAUUUAGAGAAGAUAUUCUAUGGCAAUAUUGUUGCAUAUGAUGCUGCUUUGGCUCGUGAUGCUAAACAUGAUGAUCUAGCAAAAGUAAUAUGGAGGAACAUCUUCUCGGAGGAUGGAUCAGAGAUAACCAAUGAUGUUGAUGCGACUGCUGUUGCCCAGGCCAUGGCUAGAUACGUUCGCAGGGAGUCUACCUGUCUUUCCAUGACAGACAAGGAAGCUAUUUUCUCUGGUAACUUCACCUUCUCUUCAUUAGAGAACAAGCAUUAAGAAGAUCGCAGAAAGGAGGAGAGGUUGUGGUUUUACUACAAAUUCUGUUCUUGGAUAACAAAUUAAUAAGGCAGGCAGGAUCUCUGGAUUGGAUAAAUUUGAAGGUCAACUUUGAGGAGGAAAUACUCCCGUACAAUUUUUUUUCCACUCAAAAAAAUAUAAAAUGUCUUGCUGCUUCAGUUAAAUUUUGGUUAUUUAUGUUUACUCUUCUAUGUCAUUUAGCUGGCUAGCUUCUGUUUCUGUUCUGUUCUAUUUACUUUGCUGGAAGAAAUUGAUGGA